GCACCCCGCCCCGCCGCGCGCCUUCUGUGUGCGUGAGUGAGAGUGAGGGACCGCGGGGAGGGGGAGUGCCAGCUUGUUUGUGCAGUUUGAGUGUGCCGGGGUGAGAGAGGAAGGCAGAGAGCCGACAGUAGGGACGGAGCGCAGAAGCGAGCGCAGUUUUCUCUCCCAGGCUUUCGCACAAACCUCACAUGCGUAAAGAUUCGAGUGCGGACCGGCACUAGACCAGAAGCUACCUCCAUCUUGCCUGCAGUGUGGUGCAGCUUUCCAUGACAAUCCUGGGAGGGCGAUAAAAGAGAACACACUGAAAAACCACGCCAGAGGGCAGCUGAACUCCUCCACGACCCCAUGAGUUUGGUUUGGCCUGCCAGGACCACCUGAGACUAGUGGUGAGCUAGUCGCAGCACCCUCGGCUGUACCCAGCAUCUCCCGUUCCCGUCUUCUUCUUCCUCUGCCUAUUCCCAUCAUCUUCUGCCUCGUCUUUCCUGCUUCUCGUGGGAAUCAAACGUCGUGAUGUCUCUCUCCGCCUCUCCUGCCCCCUUCCUCCUCUUCUUCCUCUUCCUCCUUCCACUGCCACCCUGCCAGCCAGAGUCCCAGCGCAGUGACCCCAGCAUGAACCCUGACCCAAGAACAGCCUUGCCCUCCAUAUUUCCCUCCUCCUCCGUCCUGCCUUCCAUAUCUAAUGAUAAUAGUACAUCACCCAGCAUUGGGGAUAAGUGUGAUGAGGUGACCGUGUGCAAGCCGGGCAUCCUGUUACCUGUCUGGUACCCCGAAAACCCUGGAGUCGGUUACCAGGUGGCCAGAGCUGUGGUCUACUUCCUGUCACUCAUGUACAUGUUCCUGGGAGUGUCCAUCAUUGCUGACCGCUUCAUGGCAUCCAUAGAGGUCAUCACAUCUCAGGAGAAGGAGGUGACCAUCACUAUGCCUAACGGGGAAACGUCAGUGAUGACGGUUCGAAUCUGGAAUGAAACAGUGUCCAAUCUGACGCUCAUGGCUCUGGGCUCCAGCGCUCCAGAGAUACUGCUCUCUGUUAUAGAGGUGUGUGGUCACGAAUUCAAGGCUGGCCAGUUGGGUCCAGGAACCAUCGUCGGCAGUGCUGCCUUCAACAUGUUUGUGAUCAUCGGGAUCUGCGUGUGGGUGAUCCCCAACGGCCAGAGCCGGAAGAUCAAACAUCUGCGGGUGUUCUUCAUCACCGCGUUCUGGAGCAUCUUCGCCUACAUCUGGCUCUACCUUAUCCUGUCUAUCAUAUCGCCGGGUGUCGUGGAGGUGUGGGAGGCCCUGGUCACCCUGCUCUUCUUCCCUGUCUGUGUCAUCCUGGCUUGGAUCGCUGAUCGGCGCCUGCUCUUCUACAAAUACAUGGGCAAGCGUUACCGAGCCGACAAGCGCCAUGGCAUCGUUGUCGAGACUGAAGGGGAUUUGACACCCAACAAAGGCGGCAUGGAGAUGAUCAUAGAUGGCAAGUUCCCAGCGCGAGGGGGCGCUGUGGUUCCUGCUGAAAACUGUGGGGGCGGCACUCAGGACGGGACCACAGGCGCCACAGCCAAUAACAUUGGGGCGGCAGCAGGAGCCGUGGGAACAGGAGGGGGAGCCAAUCUGCCCCACUCCACCAGUGCUACAGUCAAUGUGGAAAGCAGCAAGGAGCUGGAUGAGAGCCGCAAGGAGGUGAUUCGUAUCUUGAAGGAGUUGAAGCAGAAAUAUCCUGAUAAAGAGCUGGACCAGCAGGUGGAGCUGGCCAACAACUACGCCUUGCUGCACCAGCAGAAGAGCCGAGCUUUUUACCGCACUCAGGCGACUCGUAUGAUGAUCGGAGCUGGAAACGUCCUGAAGAAGCAUGCAGCGGACCACGCGCGGCGCACAGCCGUAGCUGACGAGGAGGCCCCAGAAGACGACGACCUGGCUGUGUGCAGCCGCAUCUCAUUUGAGAGUCCUCACAGUCAGUGCAUGGAGAACUGCGGCGUCCUGAUGCUGGCUGUGGCGUGUCAAGGUGGUCUGGGAGAGAACACUUUCUAUGUGGACUACAGAACAGAAGAUGGUUCAGCCAACGCUGGAUCAGAUUACGAAUACACCGAAGGAACGCUGGUGUUCAAGCCUGGAGAGACUUGCAAAGAGAUCAAGAUUGGCAUAAUCGAUGAUGACAUAUUUGAAGAGGACGAGCACUUCUUUGUCCGCCUGUUGAAUUUGCGUGUUGGUGAUGCAGAGGGGAUGUUUGAAAGCGACGAAGUGGGUGCCGCACCCAAAGCUCGCUUAGUUGAGCCCCUGGUGGCCACGGUGACUAUCCUGGAUGACGACCAUGCUGGCAUCUUCACGUUUAGCGAACGAAUGGUACGCGUGAGUGAGAGCGUGGGCACAAUGGAGUUGACGGUGGUGCGCAACUCAGGCGCCCGUGGCACAGUCAUCCUGCCGUACCACACUGAGUCAGGCACCGCCAAGGCUGGAGAAGACUUCGAGGAAGCCCGAGGAGAGCUGGAGUUCACCAACGACCAGACCAGUCAAACUCUCCAGGUGAGGAUAAUUGAUGAUGAAGAAUAUGAAAAACAUGAAAACUUCUUCAUCGUGCUGGAGGAGCCGCGCUGGCUGAAGAGAGGAAUCUCAGCUCUGCUGCUCAACCAAGAGGGGACAGAGGGGCAGAUGACUGCUGAGGAGGAGGAGGCUCGGAGGAUAGCAGAGAUGGGGAAGCCCAUCCUGGGAGAGCACAGCCGACUGGAGGUGGUCAUUGAAGAGUCGUAUGAGUUCAAGAGCACUGUUGACAAGCUCAUUAAGAAGACCAACUUGGCGCUGGUUAUCGGCACACACUCCUGGAGGGAACAGUUUGUGGAGGCGGUCACUGUCAGUGCAGGUGAUGGCGAUGAUGACGAGGAGGAAGGUCGUGAGGAGCGCCUUCCAUCUUGUUAUGACUACGUCAUGCAUUUCCUCACUGUCUUCUGGAAGGUUCUGUUCGCCUGCGUCCCGCCAACAGAGUACUGGAACGGCUGGGCCUGCUUCUUUGUGUCCAUCAGCGUCAUCGGCCUCCUCACCGCCAUCAUCGGGGAUUUGGCAUCACAUUUCGGCUGCACUGUGGGGCUGCGGGACACCGUGACCGCCGUGGUGUUUGUGGCGCUGGGAACUUCCAUUCCAGACACCUUUGCUAGCAAAGUGGCUGCCAUACAGGACCAGCAUGCGGACGCAUCGGUUGGAAAUGUCACUGGCAGCAACGCAGUUAACGUGUUCCUGGGGAUCGGAGUGGCGUGGUCAGUGGCUGCCGUGUACUGGAGAAUCAAAGGAAAGGAGUUCCAGGUGGAUCCUGGAUCACUGGCGUUCUCCGUCACGCUCUUCACCAUCUUCGCGUUCAUCUGCAUGUCCGUGCUAUUGUUCAGACGCCGGCCCUCCAUUGGCGGAGAGCUCGGCGGCCCGAAGGGGUCCCGCCUCCUGACCACCCUCCUGUUCCUGGGUCUGUGGUUCCUCUACAUCCUCUUCUCCAGCCUGGAGGCCUACUGUCACAUCAACGGCUUUUAAAGAGGAGAUGAAGAAUGUUCCAGAAGAAUUUUGCACAGCAGCACACACAAAAUCUUUGACUGUCAGUCCAUUCGGUCCACGGUUUAACACGAAACAAGUGUAAGAUUCAUCUGGUUAAUAGGGCUUCAGAUACAUGUUCACAAACACACAAACACUACAUUUAAGCAUGUGUAAACAGCGCAUUUCAAACACACUCAUUGUUACUUGAAAGAUGAGGGUUAAGAGGAAGUAUUUUUGGAGGGUGAGAGCGUGAAAACGAAAGGUUACUGCAGAUAGUUAACGGGGAGCAGACGGAGAGUGACAGAGAAUGACUGUGACGGGAGAUUCAGAGGUAAAAAGAAGGUCAGGUCAGUCAGAGGAUGCUUUAUUCACGUUAAAGCCAGGUGUGUAUUUUUUUUUUUUGAGUUGAGUUGAGUUGAGUUGAGGAGCUCACUUGCAGGAUCAGACCACUGAGAUGGAUCACAAUCCUGUGAGCAUAGAAGGAAAAAUACUUUUGUUUUCCUUUAGUCUCUCAUUCAGUCCACCAACUCUGCAGCUUCAUGUUUCUUCACUGAGGAAGUGGAGGAGCACUGCAUCAAAUAAGGAGUCAAAUGUUUACAACAACAUUACAUUUGUUUACUACAAGAGAUUCUUAUAUAGUGGUGAUGCUUGUCUAAUACACAGUAUAGCUGAAGGUGGCUCUCCACACGCGCUGUAAAUAGUACAAAUAUAGAGUCCAGUAAUUUCACAGGGCAGGCUGCCACACAAAAGGAUGCAGAGGCAAAAACGCAGGUUUCUACUGUCGUUGUCAGCAAAGCUUAGAUGAUUUUCGAAUUCAUGCACAGACUGGAACACUGGUAGUUGCAAAGAUUACAAAUGUCAGCGGUUUUAGUUUUAGCGACAUGCUAAGUGGAAAAUAAAAGUUUUAGCAACCAAAACAAGCAAAUAGGAAGCUGCAUAAGUGUAACACUGACUAAAAGAACAUCCGUGUACCACUCGCUUUACCAGACCACAGCCCCUCUGACAGGGGCUUGCAUAUAAAGCUGAAGGAUUAUUUUUUGCAUGUAUAGCCAUGUACAGAGCAUCUUCACAUUAUAUGUCAUGUACAUGCUAUGAAAAAGGGAAUAACCAGCCUGAUUAUCCACCUGUAAAUUACAUCCCUGUGUUUUUGUGUCGACUCGGUGAACAGAAACUGUCAGCUAGUCCUUGAUGUUAAAUCUUCCUGUAUAAAACAGAAGAAGCCGUUUGGUCCAGGAGGAACAAAAAGGACAUUUUCAUCUCCUGAAGGACCAAAUAUGCGCUCUCACACUCCCGAUGUGUGCAGUGUCAUUUAAAAACUUUGUCUGAGGCAGUCAGAUGGGCUGAUGAGCUGCAGUCAGCCAUCACUGUGUUACUGUUAGUGGCAGACUCGUCCAUUCCUUUAUCGUAAGCAACAGCAGCAUGGGCAGACAACAGGACUCAACAGUGUUAGUUUACUCUGAAAAAUAAAGACUCUAAAGUUGCUGACUGCGAUCAUCAACAUCCGGUCUGCAGCAUUUGUUAGGAAAAAGCUAAUAAUCUACACAUUAAUUAGGCUGCAGGACUGUAGUCUACAGCACACUGAUGCUUUAAGAUAGCAAACAAAGAAUGCCUUAAGGGAAGCUCAAGUAAAAAAAUCUAGUAUUCAAGAUUUCUGCUGUACAAACUGCCCAGGCUGCACUUUAUUUAACAUAACUAAAACACUGUGUUGUGCUUAUCUUUUCCUCCAUCACUCUAUAAGUGGUUACUGUGCAAUAUACGAAGGGAGAACUGUCUCGAGUUUCCACUGGUUCGGCUAACACCAGAUCCAGGUGGACCCAUCAUGUUGUCCCGUGCAAUGUAAUUCAUCGCCUCUCCUUCACCAGAGGGUCUACUUCAAAUGAGGAUGUCUACACGGGAGUGGCAUAGUGCCACAGCAGAGACUGGUUUCUAUGGGAAAUGCAUUAGGAAACACGGCUCUGCAAGGCAUGCAUGUGUUGCUCAGUAUUGCAUGGCAGACUUGGAACAAAUGUUCACAAGCUACUGAAGAAAUUGGCUGCUAAAUACACCAUAAAACACUGGACGGUGUGCGAACACGCUCUGAUUUGUUUCGACAUUUCCACGCUGGCAUUUCAGGGCUACUAUGUUCAGCACUGAGAUGCAUGAAGCAGGAA